AUGGCGACCAAGGCGGCGCGUUCCCGGCCGUUCUUGAUAAUCAUGGACAUGGUGAAAAACUACGACCUCCUGGAAGACCCAGGAUCGCUUGGCUUGGAAGUCGUGGAGUGCAAGAGGAGUGCCGUCGGCUGCGGGCCGACUGGCGCGCUCGUCUUGGAGGGCGUCUCGCUCUACUUGGUCCGCGGCGGCGACGACGACGACCUGGAGCGCUACCCCCGGAUGUGUGUCCGCGUGUCCGACCAGGCGUUCGACCUCGUCAGCGCGGAGAUCGACGACAGGACGGCGGACAUCUGGGGAAGGAAUCUCCACAUGGGCUGCCGCGUCUUCUCCAUGCAAGGGGAUGUCAUGGUCAUCAGCCUGGUGUUCAUCGCCAACCACGAUCCCAGACCUUUCCGGGCGUACUACCUCGUCUACGACUCUGCCACCACGUCUCUCUUCAUGAUCCCGUACCCGGCUACGGAUUGCCUAACCAUCGGCAAGCCGUGCCCUCUCCCGGUGCGCCGCCCAGACGACGGCCGCUACACUCUGGCCUUCCUGAAUCACGAGCCGGAUGCGCUCUGCCUGUGGUCACUGCCGCCUCUGCCUGACAACAUGAAGCCUCCGGCACUGCCGCUUCCGCAGAACGACAUGGAUCCGUGGGUGGCCAAGAGCCGUCGGCCUACCAUUUCCGACCGCUUGGAUGUGCACGUGGUCUUUUCGUCCAAGGACUAUGCUUUCUGGGUGGAUCUCAAGCAAGGUAUCCUGUAUUGCAGCAUCAGUGAUAUGCUCAAUGGUGAAGAGCCCGUGGACUUCAAGUAUAUCCCGUUGCCCAAGGAGUGCAGCAUGCCCACCGACAUAAUGGACGCGGCGCAUGUGCACCGCAAUAUGGGCUUGGACGGGGACUCCACCAUCUGGUUCGUUGCCAUCGAACCAUCAGAAAACAGUGUCAGGCACACCAAUGUGAAGGUUUGGACUCUGGACCUCACACAGCUCAUGUCCAAGAAGAAGACUAAGAAGUGGCAAAAACUCAGGGAGUUCAAAAUGCAAAGCAUCUGGCGGCUGUAUGCGUUCCGGAAGAAGGGGCUGCCGAGGACCGAACCCAGGUUUCCCGUCUGGAGGCAAGAGCGCGACGGUGGCAUACUUUACAUGCUGCUGCCUAGGCUCAACGACAGGCAUGGCUACCUUGUUGGCAUUCACAUCGGGUGCAGCACAAGUAAGAUGCGUCUUCUGCCGUACAGAUCUCUCUCCAUUCCAUGGAUCAACCACCCUGUUGUGUUGCCUUCUGAUUUCUUCACUCUGGGGGACACAGUCGUUUGA